GGCACGUUACUUUUCUUCUCCAAUAAAGUAUCAAAUUUCUGAAAAUUUCUUAAGUGCGACAUGAAAACGUCUUCAUAACCUUUACUAUUUAGUGCCAAUAAAUCCAGUUUUUGACGCGCUUUAAUUUAGUAUAAAUACAUUGUGAUAUUAUCUGUUCUUUAGGUUCUAGAGGGAAGGAGGCAAAGGUUAUGUGCCACCCUGUACAUCCCUCUGUAAUCCCACUGGAUCAGACCAUAAAUUUUUACCAUCUGGUACGAUAUUUCAAAAAUGGUAG